ACCAGCUGCUAUCGUUACCUUUCACCCUGUGGUGGUGCGUCUGCGGCUCCCCGCACACCCACCCCAGUCUCGUCAUUCGUGUUUUGGAGCACCGCUUGAAAUUCUAAGGAGGGGGAUGAAGAAAUCGCUGUUGCACUUCUCCCAGCAGCUGUCCUCAUGCUUGGAAAAUUUGACGAAGAUGUUUGCCUCUUUCAACCUGAUCACCCUGGAUGAGACGGACCCCUGUGGGAUGUCCCACUUCUGCUGCGGGGAGGUUCACCUUGAAUCCUGGUAUCGGGUCUUGCUCUUCCGCUACUGCUCCCCGACACCCUUCAACGCACGUGAUGAAGCGUGCACCUUGUACAAGAAAAUGAGGUGGAAUGUGGAGCUCCUGGAGAGCAGUUGUCCAAGUCAAGGAGAAGCCGAAACCAAAUACUACUUCCUCUGUUGCAAGAGCAACACAGAGACUUCCGACACCAGUGCCCAGAUGUCAGGGUCAUGGUCAAUUGGGAAGGGCAUCCAGAUCUCUCCUGACCCAAGGAAUGAGGACAUACAGUCAUGGAUACUGUGUACCCAUGCGACAAUGAAGUUCCAGGCACUUCUGAACCUUGGCACCGAAGAGCCAUCCACGACUCAAGCCACAGACUGCCUGAUGGAAAUCCUGCAGAACCCAUGGAUGGAGAGCAGCUUACCUUUAGACUGCAACCCCUUAGAGCCAUCUGUCGAAUUUCAGUAGAUUUGCCCCUACACUCGAUACCCUAACAUUCAGAGUCGGCAAAAUACACCAGAAAAAUAAGUGUCUGUUCGGAGUAAGACAAGACAAGUUUGAAGUUUUCUGAAAACGUUCAGGUACCUAAUAGUUGAAGCCGUUUCAGAAUAUUUGAAGGUUAGUUUUGUUCAUUUUCAAUAUGCAG